GUGAGAUUCCGCGCUUGUAUACGGUGCCACUCCCGCAGCAGAGAGCUGACCCCCCGAAUACCCUAGUGGCGGCGGCGAUGGACGAGCGAGGCGGCGGCGGCAGCGGCGCGGAGGCGGAGAGGUGGCCGUGGUGGGCGGCGGCGAGCGCGGCACAAGCGGCGGCCGGGGUCGCGUGGUUCCGACGGGGCAAGGGCGGCACGGCGGUGGCGAUGCCGUUCAAGGCGUUCGCCAUCGCCUCCCUCUUCGUCGGCGCCGGCGCCACCGCCGCCGCCGCCGGAGUGCUCGCCGCGGGCGUCGGAUCGGUGGAGGACAUGAAGGACGUGGGCGCGAGCAUCCGGAGGUGGAUGGGAGCUCCUCCUCGGCGAGUGGGAGGUGACUAACCCGCACGCCGCGACUGUGAUCUGGACGACAAUUUUCAGCCCUGCUAGGAAGCUAGAAUUCAGAGAGGUGGAUGUGAUCUGGGUUGCUUCACAUUUGAGAGCUAGGUGUGUGUCACUCUGAAUUGGUGUGCAAAUGAGUAAUAAGAUCACUGUUGUACUGUAGUACCUUGUAUCACAAGCUUAUUUUUGAUCAAAAUUUAUCCUCUCCUUC